GCCACUUUGAAAGGACUGCAAGCUCUAUGUAAAUGAUGGCAGCGUGUGGAUGUGUUAGUGCCUGUACAGAGAGCAGGUAAGGAGCUCAGUUCAUAAAGAAAAAAAAGAUAAAAACGUAUUGCACCCCCCCCAAUGUGCUUGAUCUUGUUAAGUCUCAUCCAAAUACCAGAUUUAACAAACAGCAGGUGCGACAAACUUAAAACGGAGUGAUCUCUUUGAUAGAAAAAAGAGACCCGACUUAAUUUUUCUGGGUUCGCGCAUCUGUCAUGACAUGAUGAAAUCAGGUAUAAUUGCUACAUGAUUUCUCCCACGUUUCAUUACGAGUGUUCUUGCUUUCGGAUUAAAAAAACAGCUGUAAUUUAAAAUGAUGCAUACUCCCCCCCCCACCUGUUCAUUUUGCAAGCUUUUAUUAAUAACACUCAAAUCACAUAAAGGUCAAGCACUAAUUGGAAACCUAUAGGCAUUUCUUCACAGUCAGGGCCUGUUUUAUGAGUUGAGGGGGGGGGAGCAGAAAACCUUUGAUGAAAAUCUUUUCCUCCUCUCAGUACAGUCAAAGAGAGUUGGGCUGUGACAGCGUACGGACCGACAAAAGUGUUCUGGGCAAAUUCAUCUCUGAUUAAAAUUCUGGUUAUCUUUUCAAAACACUUUCACAAGCUUAAACUUAAACCCUAAUGCCUAUUCAAUCAGAUUGGUCAGAUUUUCUGAAGACAUAAAAGUCCAUUUAGUACAUUUGAAUAUCAACAAAAAAUACAUUUAUCACAGCAAUUCAAAAAAAAAAAAAAAAAAAAACAUUCAUGUAGUCAUUUAUGUACAUUCAUUGCACAUGAAGUGGUAUAAAGCAGGCAUUUGUGGUGCUAAUUCUGAUGGUUUACAGUUAAUGAAAGCCCAACUUGAGAUUCUGCAUUGAACUAAUUAAAAAACAAAGAUUUUUUCAACAAAAUUCUCAAUGGCCCAAAUAAUAUGUGCUCCCACGUAGAGGUAGGAUAAGAACAAAACAACAUUGCAGUCCUUUUCCUUCUAAGAUAGGUAAAAUGGUUCUGCCUUUGUCUUUGGUUCAAUUUUACACCUUGCAAAUCUCCCCUGCCUUUCUGACUUCCUCCAAAAUCCUCUCAAGUUUAAUGUUCCUCCUCUUACUUCACAUGAACACAUUUUUUUCUUUCACUAAACCUUCCAGUGGAUACAGCAUUCUUAUCAGCCAGCUUUUUUUCCCGCAAUGACCUUUUGUGGCUUUACAUAAAGUUCUGUUGGACAACAGUCAAGUCAGUCUUCCCCUUGAUUAUGUAAGCAACAAUAUGGCAAUAAUCUCGAUUCUUAAAAAAAAUGCUGGCAUUAUGAGAAAUACGUAUUUUAAGAGACAGUAAGGGAAAACAACCAACUGAGAGAAACACUUGAAGUAUGUUAUACUUUAAGUGUAUAUUCUAUAUAUUCACACUGUUUGUGAAUAUACAUGUGUUUCAGACUAUGAAAAAAAAACAGACGAAAUACAAAAGGCAGUUUUUAAAUAGUGCUUUUAUGUAAAAGUAUAAUAUAACUGCCCCCACAACCUCAUAACUGCUUGCGUCACUCUUAUCAGCAGGAAAUGCAUUUGAAAUACGUCUUUAUUCCAGUCACAUUGUUAAUGAAUAACUACCAUUAAAAACAUGUUACAGUGGCAAAAAGUGAGAGGAAGAACAAGAUGUUUUGCCCAGAGUUUGGAAAUUUGAAAUAGCGAAAAACUUUCUUUUGUUUGUUCCUAUUUAUUACUUGGACCAAAUUGCAAAUAACACCAUACAUUUGGCUAUAUUUAGAUCUUAUAAUUCAUUUGGAGAUUGAUAAUAAUUAGAUAAAGGACAGAGAGAAGUACUUUCAUAUGUAAAUGGGUAGAUCUUGAAGAUCUUUCAUUUUCAUUUGAAUUCAAAACUAUUACUCAGCUACUUUUUAGGUAGUCUUUUAAAAAACUUAUUAAGUCUAUUUAAUCGGGCAUAAAAAAUACAAAUUGGCAUCUGGCAGAAAAAGAACAACUGAUUAUUAGAUUCUUGUUUCGAACUGCAACAAACCGAGACCGUUUCUCCAUUUUUGUUGUUUUUUUUAAAUUAAAGUUCUGGAGCGCUAUAUUGUCUUUACAUCAUAAACAUGGAUGUGAGUUUUCAGAAUGUAAUCCAUUUUACUUCCACUCAUGAUGCAUUAAUUAAUCUUAAAGAUUUAAGAAGAUCUCUAGAAAUGACAUAAACACCCCGGAUUGUAUGCCAGAAGCAUGUCAAGUUUCAUUAGAGGCUUUAAUGUGAAGGUGUGUUUUCUCAUAAAUAAGCUUAUCAAAAGUUUAAGUAGGCUAAUCUUUGCUCUCUCUCCCCCUCUCCUGUCUCUCACUGUCUAAGAAUCAGCCCAGGCUCCUCCUCCUUAUGAUAAUUUGACAGUAGCAUCUCCACUGAGUCAAGCCUCCGCUCAUUCUGAUUCAAUAAUGUGAUCUCCUUUCCACACACGGACCGUGUCUCCUCUCCUCUCUUCUCUUUUUAUUCCCCUCUCUUCCCAGAGACGCCCAAUGCACACUUCACGCUCCCAAACUUACUUUCCAUAAUAGUUGACUUAAACUUUUGCUUUUCUUUUUCUUUCUUUCAUUUUUUUUUUUUACUUGCGCUCUUUUUCACCGACAAUGACUACCAUGGCAACUCCUGCCACUCCGACUCUGCUUCCCGCUGCUCCACUCGGUCACCACCCAGUACCGAGCUCCGUCUCCCCGGCCACCAACUCUCCGCCACCCGCCGCCACCUCCGCCGCGUCCUCCCCGGCUCCACCAGUGGCGCACCCGGCGCUGCUUCACCAGUACCGGGCGGACCUCCUGCUGCCCAACGGGACCCCGCUGAAGGGCGGCGGAACCCCGCUGUCCGCCGGAGCCAAGCCCGUGUACGCCACCGCGUCGCCCGUGGAGAGCACGCCGCAGAACAACGAGUGCAAGCUGGUGGAGGUGAAAGGUGCCAAGCUGGCCUCGUUCACGGUCAAAGGCACGGAGCUCAUCUGUCUGCCGCAGGCUUUCGACGUGUUCCUCAAGCACCUGGUCGGCGGGCUCCACACCGUCUACACCAAGCUGAAGCGGCUGGACAUUAGUCCGGUGGUGUGCAACGUGGAGCAGGUCCGGGUGCUGCGGGGGCUGGGAGCCAUCCAGCCCGGGGUGAACCGGUGCAAACUCAUCUCCAGGCAGGACUUCGAGACGCUCUUCAACGACUGCACCAAUGCAAGCUCGAGGCCCGGACGACCGCCCAAGAGGCUGCAGAGUGCGACAGAGGGCGGGACGCACCACAUGCUGUCUCACGGCGGUCUGAUGCACGCUGGGAUCAUGCCUCCUGCAGAUCUUUCUGCGCUGGCCAAAAAGAUCAAGCUGGAGGCGAUGGCGGGUUACCAUAGUAGUCAGCAACAUAGUGGGCCAAACGGAGAGAACGGUGACCACAACCCUGGUCUGGUUUUGGACCAGUUGCCCUUCAUGAUGAUGUCACAUCCUCUGAUUCCUGGCAGCCUGGCACCAGCCUCUGUUUCCAUGGCAAUGAGCCAGAUGAACCGACUGAGCACGCUGGCCAGCAUGGCCAACGUGGCACAACUCCACGCCAACCCACCUGCCAGGGCUCCCACCUCUGUCAUUAAGGAGCGAGUACAGGACACUCCUUCCCCUUCUCCUUCACUGGAAGAAGCUCAGAUGUCAUCCAAUCACAGCAGCAGCGUGUCCAGUUCACCGCUACAUAACGAGCGCACCGCAGAAACAACACAUCAACUUCAUGACGGCUUGUCGUCGGGUCACAGCGUUCUGGGUCAUUCUCCUGGCUUGGCGCAGGGCACCAGAGAGACAGAUGGGACACCAAUGGAUUACAACAAGGAGAACAAGAGAAACCACUCCGACAGAGACAACAGCUCCUCGGCUGCGCAGGCGACCAGGGAGAGUGGUGAGAGACAAGUCUACCAGAAAGCCCUGUCGGCCAGGGAGGGCUGCGAGAGGCUUUCUUACCCUGCAGGACAGAAGCUCCCAGCAGGUCUCCACCACACUCCCUUCAUCUUCCCGGAAGGCCUGUCCUCCAUAGAGACCCUGCUCACGAACAUCCAGCAGGGUCUGCUGAGGGUUGCCAUAGAGAACGCCCGAGCGCAGGAGAAGCAGGACCAGCUGGAGAGGACGGAGCUGAAAAUGGAGCUCGUCCGAGAGAGGGAGCUGAGGGAGACCCUGGAGAGGCAGCUGAGCAUGGAGCAGAAGAACAGAGUUCUGAUUCAGAAACGUCUAAAGAAAGAAAAGCGCAGCAAGCGGAAAUUACAGGAGGCCUUGGAAGAGGAGGUCAAGCUGCGUGAUCAGGCCGAGCACACACUGCUGCACACCGCCAACACACACAUAGGCCAUCAAUCACUGGCGGCGCCUGCUCACGCAGAAUCUGUGACCCAGGACGCCGACGGGAGCGGCCACGACGACAGCAGGCUGGACAGCAAGGCGACACAAGAGGCCAGAGUUUUCAUGCAAACCGCAGGGAGGUACUGAGGCUCAGGAACGAGCAGAUGGACGAAUGGAUGGACGGAUGCGUGGAGGAAACGGUGACGAAGAUUCCUCAUUUUUUGACACAUACAAUCAUCAGGCAUGCUCAGUCCAGCAGUGGCAUCCGGGACACAAAUCUCUGCUUCCCCUACAUCUCGAGGGUGACAUCUGUGUGGUUUAAUUUAUUGCCUCUAUCAUCAAUUCCCAACCGUGGUGCAGCAGAGCAUUUUAUUCUGAUGUUGUGUUAAAGUGUGUUUCUUUUAAUCAAAGUUUUUAAACCGUAGAUGAAAAUGACUAUAGUUUUCUUCUUUUUUUUUUUUUUUCCCCUGUCAGUGCUGUUUGUUUAAAGCAAGUGAUGAAUAUAACUUGUAACAGAGGUGUGUACAUAUAUAUAGUCAUCAUUUUUAUUAUUGUUAUUAUUGUUAUUAUUAUUAUUAUUAAUAUGAAAAACAUGGCAUGUUGUACAGUCAGUAAAUGACUCGUAUUGUGUAUGUUAUGCAGUAGUGCAGUUUGACAAUACAAACAAUACAGAUUCUUUUUAUUAAA